UGCUGCAGACUAUGAUUAAUUUGCUCCAUUGGAAACGACAGGCUCUGGUCUAUCUUGGGUUAGUUAUAAAAAUCUUUCGUCCUACCUUCAGUUAUCACGGAAAAUCGUAUGAAUACAAACAACAGUUGUACGGAUUAUUCUCGUUUUUACAUCACAAGCAUCUUCUUUUCAAAUAUCGGGGAUAUCUUAUUCAUGACGUUUGCGCUUUGUAGUUUGUAGACUGUCUGCUAAUUUGUACAUUCCGAGGAGGCUCUUCUUGACACUACAUAUAGAGCUUGACAUUGUCAAAACAGAACGUUUCACUUGGAAGAGGUUGAGUUACAUCAGUGGCACCAGUGUUAGUGUAGAAAAUGUCUGACUCUAUUAUUUUAGCACUGAUAGUGUUUCUCAUCUUAUGUUUGAUUGUAACGGUGGUUGCAGCUGUUGUGUACUCUGGGCUGUUCACUGAGGUCAAUAUCAAGACAGGGUCGCCUUAUAUCAAAAACGUUACUAUUGCCUACAAACUCCAUAAAGGACCUUAUAAAGACUGUGGUGCAGCCUUCACAGAGACUGUCAGUAUUGGGCCAAAGCUCAAUACCAUCCGUGUGUCCUAUGAUGACUCCACAGAGGUGCCCGAUGACCAGUGUCGCUACAUCAUUGGCAGUAUCCUGAGCGAGGGAGAUGAGAAGCCUGACGAAGAGCUCCAGAAGCUGUAUGAGAAGUUUGGCUUCAAUGUGCUGUCCUUUCCCGAGGUGCCCCUGGCUGUGACCACCACCUUCCCCUCCACCACCCCCCUGUCCCACUGGCUGGCACCCUACAGAGUCUACCCCGAACUCCGCAACUACAUCAUGGAGAGGCAGCUCCAUGCCUGGCCAUUCAUUGAGAUCAAUACAGGGGACCUAACGCACUACAUGGCUCCGCUGUCCUCCCAGAGUGGCUUCCACCACACUGGCUUCGUUGUGCCCGAGCUCGUCACACAGACAGCGGCCAAGACACCGGUGACAGAGGAGUCCUUGGACCAGGACAGAGGGACGGAUAUUUCAGGUGCAGAGUCCCACAGUGAUGUCAGCAGCAAGCUGAGCAGCCAGGCGCAGUCAAAGAACACAGAGACGUCUCUGGCCCCGUCCUCCGCCACCUCUCUGCCCCACAGGGACCAGGGGGACGGGGUCGAACAGGGGCAGGGUGGAGAGCACAGGGAGCCAAGUGAAAAGGGGCACGGGGACAGGGGCUCCAGCGAGUCAGUGGGCAGCGGCUCCUCCUUUGAGGAACUGGACUUGGUGGAAGGGAGCUAGAGAGAGAGUUGGGGAGGGAGGAGGAAGGCCCCACAGUGAAGGAAGAAGCCAGGGAAGCCCCAGUAGAGGCUGUAGCUGAGGAGAGGGAGCCCGUAGGGGAUGGAGAAGAGUAGAAGAGGAUGGAUGGAGCUAACUCCUCGGGUUUGAUCCUUUUAAGGUGGGAGAGAUUUCUUCAGCUAAUCUUGUCUUUUAUGUCAACUUGUUGGUGGAUCUGUAGCCAUACUAUUUAUAAUGACAGGCAUGCCAUCUAUUUCUGGACCUUUUGAACUUUCCUGUAUGUUAAACUGUAACGUCUGUGAGAGAUAAUGACAAAACAAAGAUGGGUUGAUCAACAUUAAACAGAACUGUUGUAGGACAUGAUGCAUUCACCAGUAGAAAGUAAUCAUCUCCCAUCAUAGUAGGCACACAUUUUAUGUAAGAUAAUUUGUUAUAUAUAUAAUUGAAUAUACUGUAUAUAAUCGAAUACAGUAUAGUUUAAGACAGUGGUCACCAACCGGUCGAUCGAUGCAUUCAUAGUCGAUCACCUAACUGAAAAGCCAACGAUAAAGGCUAUGACAAAGGCUUCCGCUCCUUAUUUUAUUAUUUGUGCUGUUGGUGGUACAGUAGGUGCACUUGAUUCAGAAGCCCUGUGCACCGGGAAGGAGAAGUGUUCCCAUUUUUAACCAUUUCAUUUGUCUGAAAAGACUAACUCCGCCUACCCUGUGGACCGUGAGAUCUGUGGCUAAAUCAAGUGUGCCUACUGACUGACCAAUCGGAUAGCUCAAAUCAUGUGCCUACAGCUUCCAGGACCCCAGCCCCAGUAAAGUUUUAUACUAGCCUACAUGAGAUUUCAUAUAUUUUAAAACAAUGACCAUAGAGAGACUGUCAAAUAACACAGCAAAUAGCUGAUGUUUUUAUAAGUGAGUUCAUGUCCAAGUUUGUAUUCAGCACUGUCAACACUGUUUUUAUUCAACGCUAUUACAAAACAUAAAAGACGCUUCUCCCUGCUUCCAUUCUCAAUGCAGCUGCAAUGAAUGAGUACCAAGUGUAUCGAUAGCCUGUGUUUUUAUUAUUAUUUGCAUCUCAUCAUGUCUAUUUUAAUAUCAAGGAAUAUUUCACUUUCUCUGGUCAUAGGAACAUCAUGAGUUUGUGCAUGAGGCAGAUGCAGUGUGACUCGACUUUUGCCAUCAGGUGGAAGACGGUUUCCCGUUUCCCGAUUUCAUGUAAUGGACAUAUACAAAAUAUUCCAAGUUGGGGAAAUUAAAUGAAAAAAAUAACUUGUUUAAAAAUAAUUAAAAAAAUAGAAAGUUGUGCGUGCAUAUGUAUUCACCCUCUUUGCUAUGAAGCCCCUAAAUAAGAUCCGGUGCAACCAAUUACCUUCAGAAGUCACGUAAUUAGUGAGAUUGCACACAGGUG